CCGGUGGUCAACAACCUCAUCGAUGUGAUUCCGGACGAGAGAUGAAUGGAACAACACAUCCCGCGGAGGAGGACAAAAGAUGCGGUAAUGUGACAAGAGAGGCAGGAGGCUGGAUAAAGAUGGAGGCGAUGGAGAGGAAUGGGACUGUGUGAUGACGCGCGGCACGAGGCAACGUGUUGCCAUCUCCACGACGAGGGUAGGUGGCGCUCUCCCCCCUUCCGCGCGCCGUUCUUAAGCCUCCUCCUCCUCGUCAUUCCUACUCUCAGGGCCAGCGAGGCGCAUGGAUUGGUGGCAGCGCAUGGUUGUGCUGCCGGCGAAGAGAGCCCUCGUCGCCGUCGCCGCCCGUGUCAGGACCAGAAAGGCCGGUGCAGGACGCGGCAUGCUGGUGAAGCUUCGCAACGAGGUGCAGACGUGCGGGUACGAGGACGUGCAGGUGAUGUGGGAGAUGCUGCAGAGGUCGGCGGCGGAGCUCGCGGGAGCUCCAAGGGGCAGCAAGCAGACGCCGGCGUGGUCGCGUCGGACCUCGUCGUCGUCGGCACGGUCGGUUCCGCGGCCGCUGUGCCAUGAACGGAGAGGAAGCAGAUCGUACUAAGACCCUGCAUGGCCUUCGAUAAGGUUGACUGAGAUGUAUUCAGUGCGUUCUUCUGCUACCUUCGUUGUUUAUAUGAUCCCCCGGAAAUGAGUGUUCUAAACAAAGAACUAAU